GUAUCAAAUCCCGCAACCCACCAAACAAUACCAGACCAAAGCAGCCCAGUAGGGACAAAGAUAGUCUAUCAGAUGAUCAUCUGCAAAAGGCAAAAACAUAAUCUGCCAUGUAAGGGAAGGCUUCGCCAACAACAGGACGGCAAAGAAUAUAACAGGGGAUUAAGAAGCGAACCUCGCCCAAAUUCCAGCGACUCUUUUUGGAACUCCAAACCCCUGGUGUUGCCCACACCAUCCUUAAGAACAGCAGAUCAAUCAACGCCCAACCGUUUACUUCAUCUUGCAAAAUCUCGUCUGAAAAGUAAUCACAAUAAACCCAUGAAAAACAGAACAAAAUCAUGAACGACAGAAAGAUAACAAAACCAAGAUUAUAACCUGUGCACCGGGGCAUUCUUUAAAUCCCCUUUCUCUCUCUCUCAAAUCUACAACGUGAUCGUUUCGAGAUCGCCAUCUCCCAAACUGGAUGUGAAAAACCAUCGCCGAUAGAAAAGUGAGAGAGAAAGAUAGGGGGAAAAGUGAGAGAGAGAGAGAGAAAGGGGAAAGGCCAUUGCAUCAACUGGAACAAAUUUACUGGAAUGGAAAAAAUAAGGAGAUGCCGAGAAGACCACCACCACCUAAAACAACGUGAAAUUUCUCCUCGUUCUUCCGGGGGUUCGACGUGAACCGGCUACCGGCCGUUGCAACGGCCGAUUGCAAGGAGGAAGUGGGGGUUUCUUCUCCCAACAGUAUCGUUUCGCGUACAAGCGGGAAGAGGAGCGAGAGGGAUCAGUCGACUACCACCGGAUCCGACGGAGAGGAUCUCGGCGCCGCCGGCUCUCGUGACGGGAUCAGAUAGUGAAGGCGAUGAAGGCGGUGGAAGUGGAGGUGGAGGAGGUGGCAACGGCGGUAGUUGAGGCGGUGGGGAUGGCGAAGGCGGAGGUGACGAAGGAGGUGGCGAUGAUGGGGACGGUGGCGACGACAGCCGUGGAGGUAAAGGAGCCAAUAGAGGAGGUGGCGAUGGUGGAGGCAGCCAUUUUUGAGAGAUUGAAGAGAGAGAGGAGAAAGAAAGGAGAGAGUAACUGAGAUGGUGUGGCCAAAACCUCUGACUCUCUCUCCUCUCUACUUAUUGUUUGCCUGGCGGGGAAAAUCCUUAACUUCUCUGCGAAGGAUCACAAUAUUCGAGAAACCCCUCGGGACCCGAAGAACAGUGAAGCAGUAUCCAUGGCAAGAUAAGAGAAAAAAGCAAAGCGAAACGUACAGAUUGACAGGUGUAAUAAUUAGCAGAAGGUUUCAGAGGGAAUAGUUGAGAAAAGCAGAGAAAGAAAAGCAGGAAAGAGAGAGCGAAGGGAAAAUGAGCGUGCAGCUGAGGGCAACGCGGCACACACAGCAACAACAGCGGGACCCAGACGCAGGAAGCCAACCAAUCAGCAAAGACGGCUGGUCCCAAUCGCAGAGGACGCACCAAUGGGAGGUAGGGAUGGCAAAUUACCCACCCAUGGGUAAUUAUACCCAAACCCAAGUAGACCCAUUGAUAAUGGGUUGGGUAUGGGUGAAGUGCAUAUGGAUUUGGGGGUUUAUAGAUGGGUUUGUGUAAGGUAUGAAUAUUGCUUCCAUAAUCUAAAUGGGUAUGGGUUGGAUAUGGAUAUCCAUUUACUUGAGGGUGUUUUUACUACACAUGCAAAAAUUGGACCUAUUUGUAAAACUUGAAAACUUUAGGUACCAAAAUGUAAGACCAAAAAAUUUAGGUACCAAAAUGUAAUUUUCCAUCGAUAUUUUGAGGACUUAUAUGCAAAAAAAAAUUAAAUUUAGGUACUAAAUAUGCAUAUCUAUUAAGUUUGGGUAUCAAACUGUAAUUUGUAUUUGGGCAUGGGUACAAACCCAAAUCCAUUUGAUAUAAACCCAACUCAACUCAAAAUAAAUGAGUAUGGAUACAAACCCAUCAAAUUCUACCCAUAUCCAUCUAUUUGGAUUUCAUAAUUGGGUUGGAUAGUAAGAAACCCAUGGGUAUGGGCAAAGUUGCCAUCCCUAAUGGGAGGAGGAUGAACAGUAAUUUUAAGUCUAAAUGAACAGAAAUUUCGUGU